UUCUUUGGUCUAGUGCAAGAAAGAAUGAAACCUAUGCUUCAUCAUCCAUCUUCUUCCAUUAUUAUUUCCUUUUUCUCCUUCACCCUUUUGAUAAUCUCAAUCAUCAAUAUCCCAACUUGUUUGUGCGAUUAUGAUGACCAAUACACAAACUGCAACAAUGCUUUUAACUGCGGAAGCAGCAUCGCGAACAUCAAGUAUCCAUUCUGGGGAGAAAAUAGAGAUAAAUAUUGUGGUGGUGUUUCUUCCGAUCCUAAUAUGGAUCUUACAUGCGAAGAAAGUGUUCCAAAGAUAAAUAUCAACGACGUCAAAUACCGCAUUCUUGAUUGGAACGAUACAAUACAAAAACUCACAGUCGCCAGAGAAGAUUGCUGGAGUGGUAUUUGUGCUGUGAAUGUGAGUAGCAAUCCUAAGAACAGCACAUUCGAUAACACUAUGUUUCAACGUGAUGGUGAUGUUUCGUAUAAUGUAAGUCUGUUAUACAAUUGUGAAACAAGUAUAACAAAUAUUUUUAGUACUACCUGUGGUAAUACUAAAGUUUCCUACACAAUUGUGGAUCCUGCUUCCGCCUCACUCACAUGUACUCCGAGUGUUAUUGUUGAGUUUCCAAUUUUGGCAGUCCAAGUCAGACAAAUUGCAACGCUCAAUGAUAUAAACAAAGCAUUACAAGGCGGUUUUGAUUUGAAAUGGACGGGAAAUUAUGGAGAGUGUCAAAAGUGCGUUGAUUCUGAUGGUGUGUGUGGCAGCAAUGAUGGAGGAAAUGAAUUUAGAUGUUUCUGCAAAGAUGGAUCGCAUACAACUUCAUGUGCUUCACAAAAGGUCUUAACCUCGAACAAUAGUACAGAACGAAACAGGAGUCGUACUGUGAUAGGUGCUAUUGUUGCUGGAUUUGGAGUAACAAUUAUUAUUAUGAUCAGUUGUUACUUUAAUAAGGGUAAUGGGAGACCGAAUAUGAGUAUUUUCAGGAAAAGAAGAAAAGUUGUUGACCACAAUGUAGAAGUUUUCAUGCAAAGUUAUAAUUCAUCUAUGCCAAGAAGAUAUAGUUAUAAAGAAAUAAAAAGGAUAACAAACUCUUUCCGAGUUAAAUUAGGCCAAGGAGGAUAUGGUGUUGUUUACAAAGCAAGUUUAAUUGAUGGUCGUCAAGUGGCGGUGAAAGUAAUAAAUGAAUCCAAAGGAAAUGGAGAAGAAUUCAUAAAUGAAGUUGCUAGCAUUAGUCGAACAUCACACAUGAACAUUGUGUCCCUUUUAGGCUUUUGUUAUGAGGUGGACAAAAGAGCACUAAUAUAUGAAUUCAUGCCCAAUGGAUCAUUGGAUAAGUUCAUCUAUAAAAGUGAAUUUCCUAACGCUAUUUGUGAUUUUGAUUGGAACACUUUGUUCCAAAUAGCAAUUGGCAUUGCUAGAGGUCUAGAGUACUUGCACCAAGGAUGCAGUUCAAGGAUUCUGCAUCUUGAUAUAAAACCUCAAAACAUUCUUUUGGAUGAUGAUUUUUGCCCAAAAAUCUCUGAUUUUGGACUAGCGAAAAUAUGCCAAAAGAAGGAUAGUAUUGUGUCAAUAUUAGGGGCAAGAGGAACAAUAGGAUAUAUGGCACCAGAAGCAUUUAAUAGAUCAUUUGGUGGAGUUUCUUACAAAUCUGAUGUAUAUAGUUAUGGCAUGUUGAUUCUUGAAAUGAUCGGAGGAAGGAAGAACUACGACACUGGCGGGUCAUGUACUUCUGAAAUGUACUUUCCAGAUUGGAUUUAUAAGGAUCUUGAGCAAGGUAAUACUCUUUUAAAUUGUUCGACAGUCUCGGAGGAAGAAAAUGAUAUGGUCAGAAAGAUUACUUUGGUGAGUCUGUGGCGCAUUCAAACUAAACUAUCAGAUAGACCACCGAUGAAUAAAGUAAUAGAAAUGUUGCAAGGACCACUUUCAACAAUAUCAUAUCCUCCAAAGCCCGUCUUAUAUUCACCUGAAAGGCCACAAUUACAAGUGUCAGACAUGUCUUCAUCUGAUCUGUAUGAGACAAUAUCAAUAACAGAAUCAAAGUGGCGGUCGAUGCUGGAUCCUUUACAUGGCUACUCCGUGAAGGGUACUUAUGCUUAUCUCACGACGCCAGGUGUGCCUUCCGAACGUGGUCGGUUUGACGAUGUGUGGGUGAAGGAAGCUCUGCUUAAGGUUUCUAUCUUUGUUUGGCGACUUCUCCGCAAUCGAAUGCCAACUAAAGAUAACCUCUUCCGUCGGCGCAUCAUUCCUCUCGACGACAUAUCUUGCAUUGCUGGUUGUGAUUCUCCCGAGACAGUGGAUCAUCUCCCAUUUCAUUGUCCUCAUUUUGGAGUGGUGUGGCUAGACAUUUCUUUUAUUGCUCCAGUGUCUAUCUCCGAUCAUCUUCAUCAGUUUUUUCAUUCGGCGGGGUUUCCGCGAGCUAUUCACUCUUUUCUAACGAUCAACUCUAUCAUUAAUUUUAAGUUGACUAAGUCAAUUCUAUAUUUUUAUCACACCAAAACCAAUCUUAUCACUCACACUUUGUUCCACCACAUACUUCUUUGUUCUAGCCCAAGAAUGAAACCUUUGAUUCAUCAUUCUUCUUCCAUUGUUAUUUUCUUUUACUCCAUAAUAUUGAUGAUCUCAAUCAUCAAUAUUCCAAAGUGUCUUUGUGUUGAUAAUAACCAAUACACAAACUGUAGCAAAACUUUUAACUGUGAAAGCAACAUCACAAAUCUUGAAUAUCCAUUCUGGGGAGAAAAUAGAGGAAAUUAUUGUGGUGUUUCCGAUCCUAAUAUGAAGCUUACAUGCGAAGGAAAAGUCCCGAAGAUAACGAUCAAUUUCGUGAAAUAUCGUAUUCUUGAAUGGAACAAUGCAACACUGAGACUUAGAGUUGCAAGAGAUGAUUACUGGAGUAAUAUAUGUGCCUUGAGUGACAAUCAUAAGAACAGCACAUUCAACAACACUUUCUUUCAACGUUAUGGUAAUACUUCGUCUAAAGUAACUUUGUUAUACAAUUACAAUACAAGUUUACCGAGGAGUGUUGUUGAGAUUCCGAUUUUGGACACCCAAGCUGCGAAAAUUGCAACGGUUAAUGAUGUAAACCAAGCAUUAGAAAAGGGUUUUGAGUUGAAAUGGACGGGAAAUUAUAGUGAGUGUCAGAAGUGUGUUGAUUCCGGUGGAGUGUGUGGCAACGAUGGAGGAAUUGGAUUCAAAUGUUUCUGUAAGAAUGGAACUUCUACCACUACAUGCAGUUCACCAUUGCCCUUAUCCUCAAGGUCAAAACGGGACAGGAGGUUAAUUGUGAUUGGUGCUUCAGUUGCUGGAUUUGGAGUAACAAUGUUCUUUAUUAUUUUCAUCAGUUGUUACUUUAAAAAGGGUAUACGUAGACCGCAAAUGACUAUUUUCAGGAAAAGAAGAAAACAUGUCGACAACAAUGUGGAGGUUUUCAUGCAAAGUUACAAUUUAUCUAUUGCGAGAAGAUACAGUUAUGCAGAAGUAAAAAGGAUCACAAACUCAUUCCGUGAUAAAUUAGGCCACGGAGGAUAUGGUGUUGUGUACAAAGCAAGUUUAACGGAUGGUCGUCAAGUGGCAGUGAAAGUAAUAAACGAGUCAAAAGGAAAUGGGGAAGAGUUCAUAAAUGAAGUUGCUAGCAUCAGUAGAACAUCACACAUGAACAUUGUGUCACUUUUAGGUUAUUGUUACGAGGCAAAUAAAAGAGCACUAAUAUAUGAGUUCAUGCCCAAAGGAUCACUAGACAAAUUCAUCUAUAAAAGUGGAUUUCCUGACGCUGUUUGUGAUUUUGAUUCGAACACUUUGUUCCAAAUUGCUAUCGGCAUUGCUAGAGGUUUAGAGUACUUGCAUCAAGGAUGUAGUUCAAGGAUACUGCAUCUUGAUAUCAAACCUCAAAACAUUCUUUUGGACGAAAACUUUUGCCCAAAAAUCUCUGAUUUUGGACUAGCAAAAAUAUGUCAAAUGAAUGAUAGUAUUGUGUCAAUACCGGGGACAAGAGGAACUAUAGGAUAUAUGGCGCCAGAAGUAUUUAGCAGAGCAUUUGGUGGUGUUUCUUACAAAUCUGAUGUAUACAGUUAUGGUAUGUUGAUUCUUGAAAUGAUUGGAGGAAGAAAGAACUAUCAAACUGGAGGGUCGUGUACUUCUGAAAUGUACUUUCCAGACUGGAUUUAUAAGGAUCUUGAGCAAGGUAAUGAUCUUUUAAAUUCUUUGACAAUUUCAGAGGAAGAAAAUGAUAUGGUUAAAAAGAUUACUAUGGUGAGCCUAUGGUGCAUUCAAACAAAUCCAUUAGAUAGACCACCAAUGAAUAAAGUAAUUGAAAUGCUACAAGGACCGCUUUCAUCGGUCACAUUUCCUCCAAAACCUGUCUUAUUUUCUCCUAAAAGGCCACCACUACAACUCUCAAAUAUGUCUUCAUCAGAUUGGCAAGAGACAAAUUCAAUUACAACAGAGACAGAACUAGAAGAGGAACCAAUAGAGACCACGGUCCUCCCAAACUCUUAAUUUUUAUUUAUUUAUUUCUACUGGGAUACUAUUAUAAUUUUUGGUCACUAUAUUUGUGUGAAUGAGCAUUAUAUGAAAUUGUAUAAUGAGCAUUUUUAAGUUACUAUAUUAGGCCUUAGACACUAAA